AUGAAAGUUGACGCUCCGCCUCUUGAAGAACGCUCCACCAGACUGUUUUUCGCUCGGUGUCGGUGUCAAAGUUCUCGAAAUCAGUUUGGCGGUCUUCAAAGGCAGUGCGGUAGGAUUCAAAUGUACUCGCGAGGAUUAGGUGACAAUUACCUGGGGGGUGUCCGUUUUGAGAGACAGCCUCCAGAGGACCUCAGAAAAAGUAAUUUCUUUUCCUUCGAGGUAAGUUUAGAGGACCUAAACAGAGAACAGAUCCUGAUCGAAGAAGCUCAUUUUAUCGAUUUCGUGAAUGGCCCUGAGGAGCUUAAGCUGAAGAAUGGAAUAAAAUACGGGGGAACAUUUCGAUAUGCUAACGGAAUGCGGCAACCGGAUAGCUUUGUUGUUAGGCUUGUAGACUCCGCAAGUGGACAGCCUGUUCCUUACGAAGGUCAAGAUGGAGAUCCCAAAAUGCAAAUGGUUUUGUUGACGCAUGAAGUUACGUGCGCGCGUUGUUCUCAGAAGAAAAGUUGUGGAAAUAAAAACGAGACACCGUCGGAUCCGGUCAUUUGUAAUAAGUGA